CGCCGGGGCGGGCGGCAGCAUGGACGCGGGCCUGGACGCGGUGGCCGAGCCGGGCAGCCGGCCGGCGCUCUGGGAGCUGGUGCAGGAGGCCGAGAGCAGCCUGCUCGAGUGCCAGGUGUGCUUCGAGCGCUUCGAGCCGCGCACGCCGCGCCGGCCGCGCAGCCUGCCGUGCGGCCACGUGCUGUGCGUGUCGUGCGUGCGCGACCUGACGCACCCGCGGCGCCUGGCCCUCGAGUGCCCCUUCUGCCGCCUGCCGUGCGUGGCGUCGGGCGCGCGGGACUGCCUGCCCCUGCUGCACCUGCUGGAGCUGCUGGCCUGCGAGCUGCGGCCGCGGCCCGCGCCGCCGCCCGCCGCGCGCGCCCCCGGCGCCCACCGCGCCUUCGGCGGCUGGGGGACCCUGGUGCACCCCACGGGGCUGGCGCUGUGCCCGCGGAGGGCGCGCGUGGUGGUGGUGCACGACGGCAAGAAGCGCGUGCGCACCUUCGACCUGUGGGGCGGCUACGCGCGGCAGUUCGGCGAGCGGGGCCCGGCGGCCGAGGACGUGCAGUACCCGCUGGACGUCACGGUCACCCGCGACGGCCACGUCGUCCUCACGGACGCCGGCGACCGCGCCGUCAAGGCCUUCGACGCCCAGGGCCGCUGCAAGCUCGUGCUGGCCGGCCGCUUCGCCCUGCCCUGGGGGGUGGACGCCUGCCCGGACGACGACGACGACGACGGCGCCGCGGUGCUGGUGACCGACGCGGAGGCGGGGACCCUGCACCGCCUGGAGCUGGACCCGGAGGCCGGGGCCGUGCGGGGCUGCGUCCAGCUGCGGGGCCAGCUGCGCGGGCCGCGCGCCGUGGCCGUGUGCCGGCUCAGCGGGGCCGUGGCGGUGCUCGAGCGCCCCCUGGCGUCGCGCGCGGGCGGCGCGGCGGGCGCGGCGGUGAAGGUGUUCGGCGCGGACAUGCGGCUGCUGGCCCAGGUGGACAGCUUCGGGCUGAGCCUCCUCUUCCCCACCCCGAUCGCCGUCUCCGCCGUGGCCUUCGAUCACCAGGGCAACGUGGUGGUCACCGAUACGGCCGGCCCGGCCGUCCUGUGCCUGGGGAAGCCGCAGGAGAUGCCCGUCGUGAAGGUGGUGGCCACCCGCGGGCUGGCCCGGCCCGUGGCCCUGGCCUUCAGCAAGCAGAACUCGCUUCUGGUGCUGGACAAUGAGACGCAUUCCGUCAACGUCUACAGGAUCGACGACGCGGAGUGAGGCCUGGAAUCGGACGUUCGGGGAUGCCACUCGCCGGUGACCCUGGCCCGGUGACCUCGUUCCGUCAGUCCGUCCCCGGCUCCGAUUCCUGCAACAGUGCCAGCGAACGAAAGGACAGUCACCAACGCUACCCAGAACAGACACUUCCUGUGCCGGGGACCCCUCACUCAUUUCACCUUGCCCAAAUCCAGGGAGGUGAGUUCUGCCUGGUUCGGCCCCGGCUUGAGCAAACGGAAAUCAUCGCUCCAGUGAACUUUUUCAAAGUCUCAUUUAUGCACUGUGACGGUCGCUAAUAGAGCUCAAUUCUGAGUCCUAGGCGUGCUUUUACGUUUUCAGGGAGUGGGGAAGGAGUAGGGGUGGUUGUUGUUGUUGCUGUGUACUGUUUACCGACAGCUUUAUCCUUUGGGGGGUUGGGAGGGGUUGGGUCACACUCAGCGAUGCUCAGGGCUUACUCCUGGCUCUGCUCAGGGAUCGCUCCUGGCAGUGCUGGAGGGACCAUAUGCGGUUUCAGGGGGGGUUGAACCUGGGUGGGCCACUUGCAAUGCAAGUUCCUUACCUGCUGUAGGAUCUCGCUCCAGCCCCGCUUUUUCUUUUAGCUGGUGGCCCACGCAGAAAAAAGGGGGAUAAGCCUGAGUUCAGGAGGAAAUGGAUUUUGAGGUUCAAUUUAAAUCCUAACUCUCCCAAGAACACUUCAGCCGGAGUUAUUGUGACUCCUGAGUGCCUUGAAUGAGAAAAUACCAUCCGGUUCCUUGUCUCCCUGGCAUAGACCCUUAGUGGGGGGUUGGGAGUGGCGCUGAGAAUGGUCACAGCGGUCUAAGUUGCAAAGUCUGCUGAACACGACCUCAGCACCAGUUAGGGCCCGAUGGGUGGUUCUCCUGUUUCAUGCUCUUGUUAAUAAAAGACGAGUUACCA